AUGGAAAACUGUGCUAUGGACUUAGAACAGAUGAAUUAUACCUCUGAUCUAAAUUCUUUAGUUACUUUGGAAAGAAUAGUAAGACUAUUACCUGAAGUUAUGCAAGCCCAGUGGGCGGAUCGGGUGGGUCAAUUGACGGAAGAUAAUAGAGAACCGACUUUUGACGAGCUUAUUCAAUUUAUAGCAUCCCGCGCGAGAGUAGCUGAUAGUAAGUUUGGACGGUUAGCGAAUCGUCCGAGAAAGGGACACAACUUAAAGACAAAUUGUCACUUGCGAUUAGAGCAGGAGAGUAACUCGAGAGCUAAAUGCAGAGUGUGUUUCCAGGACCAUGCUAUUUAUAAAUGUCACAAAUUUUUAGCGCUUACCGUUCAAGAGAGAUGGUCUCAAGCGAAAGUUAAUGGGAUCUGUUUUGUCUGCCUUAGGCAAGGGCAUAAAGUUAAUGAAUGUAAGCUGGCGAAACGUUGUAACGUUAAUGGUUGUGAGAAGAAACACCAUUCCUGGCUGCACAGCGAAAAUGAUAAACCUGAUAUCCCGAAUUGUUGUGGAUUUACUAAAUCCCUAAGUAGCCAAGUGUGCAUAGGAAUGAUCCCUGUACGGUUGAUGUUAGGAGAUGCCGAAAUGUUUGGUUAUGCUUUGUUGGAUAACGGGUCUGAUGUAACGUUGAUAAAAUCGAGCUGUUUGAGGUAUCUCGGGCUGGAGGAAGACCGAGCGUCAGUGGUAGUAGAGACUGUGGGCGGUAAUAGGACAAUGACGGUCACAAAGACCCCUUUUGAGGUAUAUUCUUUAGAUCGGUCAGGACAUGUUACGAUCGAAGGAGCUCUGAUUGUGGCAGGUAUACCAGGUCAUAAGCCAACAAGGUCGGCAGUGAACAACCUAGUUAAGUGGCCACAUUUAAGGGAUGUACCAAUAGAUAACUUCGACUCUGAAGAAGUUCUGCUGUUGAUUGGUUGCGACGUACCAGAAGCGCACUGGGUGUUAGACCAGCGGUUGGGUGGAAGAAAAAGCCCGUACGCUGUGAAGACGAUGCUGGGUUGGUCGGUCUUCGGACCUGCGUCGUAUCCGGAAUAUAGGAAAAGAGUGGUCAAUCAUACCAGUAAGAUACAGACCUUGGAGAACGAAAUGCGUAAACUAUAUGAUGUAGAGUUUUCUGUUUAUUCAAAUGAUAAAUCAGUAUCACUAGAAGAUAAGGCGGCUAUAAGGAUUGUGGAAGGGGGCACACGCUUCGAAAAUGGGCAUUUUGUAGUUCCUAUACCAUGGAAAGUGAACCCAAAUAUGAAAGGGGAGAAUUAUGAAGUGGCAAGCAGUAGACUACAGAGUUUGAAGCGUAGAUUGUUGAAAGAUGACAUUCUGUAUAUCAAGUGUACAAAAGGUAUUUAA